AUGGAGCAAAAUUCAAAAAUUAUUUAUAAAAAUGGUUUAGUAAAAGUUGAUUCAGAGAAUGUCCUCGCGUGGGGUUACCUGGUAGUAGUGCUCAGUACGUACCUACUUGGCGCUUAUCCUGUGAACAUCAAAUUUGUUUGUGAUCUUAUAUUUAUGAAAUUCCUGUUUAACUAUUUCCAAAGGACAAACAGUUUCAGCCUUUUUUCCAGGGAACGGAGCCGUGAAACUGCUUUGAAAUGGAAGUUUGACCAGCUUAAUGCCAACAACAAUCAGGUUUUGGAGCGAAGUGAGUGGAAGCCUUACAAGAGUUUAAUAGUUCAAUGGAAGAAGGUGAAACAGUGCUCUAGAAGCUUCUUCAAAUCUUGUGACACAGACGCAAAUCGCAAGUUGACCUUGGAAGAAUGGAAGAAAUGCUUUACUCCAAUUCUUCGAAAAACGCCGCCUCUACGACCUGACCAACUUAAUCCCUUUCUGUACAUUUUGAAAGGCGAAUAA